AUGGUUGGCCACCGUCGUCAUGGGAGCCCUCAGAGCUCCUUGAGGCGGAUGCGUGAGAGGAGAAGCGAGCGCGACAGGACUGUUCCCGCCCACGUCCCAGCUACUACCGACUACUCAUACUCCACACACCACAUCCCAACAACAACGACAGUGGCCACCACAUCCAAAAACAUCACUGGCCCUCGCGCCGUCGCUACCGCAUACGAUAAGUUUGCCGCCUAUGACAAUAGAUCAUCCCACAACAACCCCGGACCCUCUGCUGCCCGAGUGGUCUCGGAUGGAAAGUUCACCGGUGGCGACGACGACAGGUUUAUGACCACCAACACCCGAGGAGCGCGCCCCCCCUCCUCCGGAUCAAACUCCCUAUAUUCUUCAUCUAGCUCCACGUCGUCUUCUCUGCUCGACAUAUCCCGGAGGUACCCCGAGAAGCGCCCGGGAAAUGCAAUCGCCAGCUUCUUUAGCGCUCCGUCGGAGCGCCGGGCCCUGCGCAGGAAGAGGAGCGGCCAGAAGAAGCAGCGCCGUCGCGUCCUUUUUUUCGCCAACUCGUCCUCCUCCUCGGUGAAUUCUGACCUCGCCUAUGGAACCGGAUAUAUUAGCCGUUCUAGCCGCGAAUUUCAACGGAGAACAUCGUCUGGCAACCAUGAUACCUCCGCUGCUGCUCAGCUUCCGUCCAAGCUGCCUCACGACCAAUAUCCCCAGUCAUCCUCCCACCACCUCUCGCAUUCGAACUCGCGACCUCACAUGUCCGGUGCCAUGGCCGGCGGUACAGCCUUGGUAGCUGGUGCUGCCGAUAUGGCUGCCAGCCACUAUUACUCCGACGCGCACGGCUCCUCCAAGGCCGGCCCGUCGCGCAGGCGAAAGACGGACGACGAAAUCAUGGAAAUCGGCCGCCAGCUGUCCGAUUUGGCCAAGCAUCAGACCGACGACGACCUGAGGCGCUGGGACAAGUCUAAGAACUCGAGGUAUGACUCGGGCACCUCUAGUUCCUCCUCAGACGACUCGGAUUGGGAGUCGGCUUCCGACGAAGAUGAUACGUCCGAUGAUUCAGGCAGCGUUGACUCAUCAAUGGCAUACGGCACCACAGUGUCCCACACCCCCAGACCCGCGGCUACCGCGGCGGCAGGAGCUACAGGAGCUGCCGCCGCAGGCGUUCCCGUGGCUGCUCACCGUCGCAGGAAGAGCUCUGUUGUCGACCCUCGCCUGUUUGGCCCGACUAAUUCGCUCCGCGGAAUCAUCGACACUCCCUACAACUUAGGGGACGAGAAGGCUGUUGUGCCCUUUGACCGCCAGGGACCCAGGCGUUCCCCCAAAGAACCCCUGGCCUUGGCCAUCACGAGCGACGCAUUGACCGACCUGCCGCGCCGCUCGCGCCCCGGACUAGUCCCCCUUCAGCAACCCGUCCCCCACAAGACGGUCUCCCCCCAGCUCUACGAUGCUGACAAGCUGGAUGAGAUCAACUCUCAGGAGCUCGAAAAGCUGCGCAAGACCUCUGGCGAGAAGCCCUCCGAUAAGGACUGGGCCUUGGCUGGCGCCGCUGCCGCUGCCGUCAGUGGCGCAGCGAUUGGCGCCGUCAUAUCCAGCCACAACCUGGAAGAGCGUAAGGCAAGUGAGGUAUUUCGCGAUGACAAGGGCAAGUACCGCGACGACAAGGAGAAGGACCGCGAGGAGAAACGACACCAGCGCUCCGCCCGUGACGACUACCAGAGCAAGGAGAAGGACAAGGAGCGUCAUGCAUCGAAGCGUGCCUCCUACGCCUCUCUCAAGGAUGUUGAUGACAAGGGCAAGGAUAAGGGCAAGGAGAAGGACAAGGAGCGUCAUGCAUCGAAGCGUGCCCCCUACGCCUCUCUCAAGGAUGUCGAUGACAAGGGCAGGGAUAAAGGCAAGGAGAAGGAGCGCAGGCCAACACGCGACUCUUUCUCCUACAACGACGUCGACGAAAAGGUCAAUGGCAAAGAAAAGGAGCGCAGGUCGAAACGUGAUUCCUACUCUUACAAGGAUGAUGAUGAGAAGGACAAGGACCGCAAACGCUCAUCCCGUCGCAAAAAGGAGGGAGACGCAUACGCCGUCGUCCCUUCAUCCACUCGCAACAAGUCUCAGACUUUCGACGAGAGAUACCACCUUCCCGAGAAGUACCAUCUUUCAGAGAAACACCAGCUUCCUGCGGCAGAAAAGACCGAAGAACCUAAAACCGACGCUGCGCCGAAGCUUCUCACUGAAGGACCCUAUGACCCAUUCCAGUACCAGGUCGACUUCUUCGAUAGGCUUCCCGCCUCCAAGCCCCCCACCUCUCAACUGCCUGCCGCACAACUACCUACCGCCCAGCUUCCCGCCGGCCCAGCGGAGCCCGAGCGACCUCUCACGCCAGCUGUUUUCACAGUUGAGCACUCAUUCGAGAUUGAGAGCAUGGUCUCGGAGCACAAAGACAAGGAUCGUUCUGAGAAGACUCAUAGUGACACCGGAAAGUAUGUUGCAGGUGCCACCGCAGUUACUGCCCUGGCCGGCGCAAUUCAUGCUAGCCCAUCCCGCUCAGAAGACCGUAGUCGCAAUCAAAAGGACCAGGAUCGCCGUGACGAUAAUCGCCGGACCAAGGACCCCGUCCAGGAGGACGCAGACAGGUAUUACAGAGAGUCCGAGAUUGCACGAAGGAUUGCCGCUGAGAAGAUUCGCUCCAACCGCAGCAGGAGUUCCGACAGGUCCGACGCCCAGGGCAAGGACAAAGACAUCGACAACGCGACCCCCUUUGUUAGGGUCGUCACGCCGCCUGAGUACAAUGGUAAGAACAAGGGCCCCUACGCCGAACCCGACGCCGAUGUUCGUAUCGACAACAGGUUUACACCCAGGGAAGCCGAGAAGUUCCAAACCCUCGGCGAGGACCAGAUCCAUGGCCACGAGCGCAAGAGGCCUCUCCUCAACUUGGUCUACCCGACCCCUUUACCUAGCCGCGAGCACACUCCUACGCCAGAAAAGAGAGCCCGGGAGGCCAAGGACGCCAGGAGAGUUCAAGAGGCCAACGAAGCUCAGGAAGCCAACGAAGCUCAGGAAGCCAACGAAGCUCAGGAAGCCAANGCCAACGAAGCUCAGGAAGCCAACGAAGCUCAGGAAGCCAACGAAGCUCAGGAAGCCAAUGAAUCUCAGAAAGCCAAGAAGGUACAGGAGGCCAGGGAUUCUAGGGACUACAGAGACUCUUGGGAGACCACGGACAUCUCAUCGUCCAAGUCAGAAGUCGCCGCGCCCUCCGCUGACAGGAUUGGCCUUCCCGCCACCAGCUCCAAGUCAGUUAGCUGGGGUGAAAAUGAGACAAAGAGCUUCGAGACUCCCGACUCUAGGGAUGAAUCUCCGCGACUCGAAAAUAUGACGCCACCAGACGAGAAGUCACGACCUCAUCUCAGCAAGACCAGUCCGUGGGGUAUGAUUGCCUCUGCAAUUGCUGGAAGCUCGGCUGAGCCGACGAAUGAACCUGAUAUUGUUGUGACGGAAUCGCCCAAGGAGUUUGAGCCUAGGACUGAGUGUGCCUACUACGUCAAUGUUGAUGACGGCGAAGCACCGCCUAUUCCCGGCCCCAAACCAUCUGCUGAUCAGAUCGCCGGUGACUACGCUGACGAUAUCGAGUUUGCGGCCACCCUGGCAGCUGGCCUGAAGGAUACUGGAUUCGAUCCUAAUCUGGUCAUUGAUGACCCCACAUUCCGACGCCGCGACUCACCUCCUGGCUCUGACGAUAACCUGAACGGCAAUGGCACGACUGGACACGUCAUUGGCGAGGUUGAGACUGUCAAGAAUGAAGUCAAGCCCGCCGCUCCCGCCGACGACUGGGCCAACCUGAGCAAAAAUGAGAGGAAGAGGCGCGAAAGGAAGAUCAGGGAGCAGCAGUAUGCUGAAGAUGAUGCCGCCGGGGCCGCUUCCGAAGCUGCUACCCCCAAAGAAAAAGAAGAGUCUUCCCGAGAGCCCCUGCCCGAGGCCCCAGAACCUCCUGCCACUGACGAGGCGCUCAUCGAUGUCUCUCCUCAACUCAGCAAGAAGGAGCAGCGCAAGCGUGACAAGGCCGCCGCCAAAGCACAGGAAGAGAUGACCGUUAAUAAUGAUUACGCUACCUUUGCCGAGCCGGAGCCUUCGUUUGUUCGGGAGGAAGUUGCCGAUAAGGGCGCUGCCGACGAGAGCCAUGGGUCGUACGGCGACGUAAACCCCAUGGUCUACGGCCCCGGCGACUCUGUCCCCGACCCGAGCUCUUCUCAAGCCAUCAACUCUGAUGACGAAUGGGACCAGCCCACGUCGUCCAAGAAGAGCAAGAAGUCUAAGCGCAGAAGCGAAACCGAGGAGGACUUCAACAAGACCUACCGUGACCCAGCUCCUGGGAAGGACCGAGACUUGUUUGAAGACAGGGACGUGAGCUCCGUCGUUUCAGAAUCCCGUCGCCGUAGGCGAUCGAGGCCGAGCACGCCUACCGAGAAGUAUCGUGAACCCUUCGAGGAUAGGGACAGGGAUGUGAGUUCCGUCGUAUCGCUGUCGCGCUACGAAGACAAACGCUCUAGUCGACGAUCGCAUGACCUAUACUCGAAGAAAUCCCGAAGCUCUCUUGAUGAUUCUGUCCGGCUAGAGUCGCGCAGCGACAACAAGCGCACUGACAGGCGGUCAUACCGCUACGAUAACUCUGACGACGACUCUAAAUCCAUUGUCUCUGCUCCUGGUGGCUUUAAGAGUAAGCUCCCCGUCAAGAGGUCCAGCAGUGGCCUGUUCUCUGGCAUGUUCAAGUCUGGAAGCAAAGACGACGGCAAGAAGAGUCAGUCUUUUUUAGAUAGUGCCGACACCCUUGGCGCGGGUGUCGGCUUGGCGGGUGCCGGAGCCCUUGAAGCGGCCCCCUCCCGCCAGAAUGCCAGCGAGGAAGAUAAAGACUCCUCGGAACGCAAAGGCACUUCUCACGAGGAAGACGGAGGUGACCGCGGCUUCCGCGAUGCCAGCGACUUCGACCCCGACAUUGUCGCACGUACCAUUAAGCCCGCCAUCGACCCCCGCGUCAUGGAUACCCACCCCAAGUCACCCAGUAACACCGCCAUACCCAUCCAGCUGCGCUUGGGACAGAGGUCUGGGCCGUCCUCACCAGCUACGUUCAAGACCUCACCCGGAACCUCUCCGAUGGUCGGGGCGCCCGACUCGUCUGUAUCAGGAAGGCGUCAACCGCGUUCCACAUCUUGGGACACCAGCCGUGAGAUCAAGCCUCUCUACCUGCUUGAGCAUGCUCGCCAUGGCUCCUUUAAAGAUUCUUCGAAGCAGGAACAUCUGCCAGCACUCCCACCGAGCGAAGCAUCGUCCGGGAGCUCCCUCGGCCCUGGAUCUGAGACUUGGGAGUCUGCUGAUGAAUAUGCGCUCGGCGAUCAAGAGCUCAACGAGGUCGCCAGGCCACCUCUCAACCUCGACACAGGCUUUCUGCCCGACACACCUGUUCGGGACGCGGAAGGCUCUCAAGAAACCACGCCCAAGGCAGAGUUCAGGCCCGAUUUCCCAGACUUCUCUGCUUACACCGCCGCCGAAGGUCCAGGGCCCGACACUGUUACCUCUAUGCCCAAGGACAGGAGCUCUUUCCUCCACCGGUCGGGACCUUCAUCCGCCAAGUCCGACAGGACCAUUUUUGCCGAGCUCGCCGGCGAUGAUGACAAUUGGGCAGCUGGCAUCGAUACCACCCCGACGAAGAAGACAGGCAGCAGACAGCAACUCUUUGUCGAUGUCGAUGAGAGUCUGGCCUCCGCGGACGAGCACUUUUCUGAUGCUUUGGAAGAGUACGAGACUCUUUCUCGUCAGACGACUCAUGACUCACCCCCGUUCAUGGCUGCUGAAGAGUAUCACGAGCAGCGGCAGCUACCGGUUACCGUUGAGGAGCAGAACGAGGAAGAGCGUAGCCUGGAGAUCCACGAUGUUUCGGAUUAUGCACCCGAGGAGUCCACUUCUGUUGUUGGACCCGAGGGGCCCACUCCUUCUACUGUACUGGAGGAGCAGCCCACUUCUGCUAUCGCUCCCGAAGAGUUCACUAAUGCUGUUGUACCAGAGGAGCAAUCAACUGCUCCCGCCCGGGAAGGAGAGCUCCCAACCGAAGAGGAUUUUUCCAUGCUCACCGGCAAAGCAAAGAAGAAGGCCAAGAAGGCCAAGAAGGCUGCGGCGGCUGCUGCCAACAAGAAGGAAAUUGCUGGCUUUGACAUAGAUGCCCUAACUGAGGAGCCUGCGCCUUCCCCCUUAGCCGAGGAGUCGCCCGCGCAGCAGGAGGAGAAGUCCCUGCAGGUGCAGCCGCAAGAGCAGGAGAAAUCGCUGGACCUCCCGGAGCACCAGCCUCAGCAAGAGGGGCAGCCACGGGAGAAGUCUGCGGAACAGCAGCAGGAACUUGAUGCUCCCACUGCAACCGGCGACCACCUCGCAGCAGAGGAUAGAGCUCUGGAUGCAUGGACUGUCGAUGUUCCUUCUGCUGAAACAAAGCAUUCUGAGGAGCCCAAAACAUCGCAGGAUCGUAAGGCACCACCUGAACAUGCUGGGACUCUUGUUGACGCUAUGGCGUCCACUGCGGAGGGACCUGCGGGUAUUCCAAAAACGGCCUCUGUCGAAGUCAAGGAAGACGAUAUGUCCGCCACCAUCGCUGAAUCGACUUCUGCCACCCAAGAUGUUGAACCUGACGUGGUGGCGGCGAACGAGCCGGAUUCAUUUCUUGAGAAACCUGUAACCGAACCCAGCACUGAGGCUCUAGCUCUAUUGAAGGAGGGCGAGAAGAAGAAGAAAGAUAAAAAGAACGCCUCGCAAUAUGAUGCCCUCGACAAGCCUUCUGCUUCUCCUUCCACCAGCGUUCAAGAACCUGCCGCUCCUUCUGCUCGUGCUGAAGAACAGGUCGCGGAUGAUGAAACCGCAGCGGAGGCAACGCCCAUAGACCCUCCCAGCGAGCCUGUAACAGCUGUUGCUGAUGACUUUGCUGCUGCUUGGGACGAGUCGGCAGCCUACAGGGCUCAGCCUACAGGGCGGAGUCUGGAUUCUUCCGAAGGGCUAGAAACCCUCCCUUUGAAGGUUGACGACGCCCAGCCUAGUACUCUGCAGGAAGCUAUCUCUGAGCCCUUGUUCUCCCAGGGAGAUGUCUCUCUUGAGACCACACAGGAAGAGCGCGUCGCGAGCACUGAGCCGUCUCAGGUCCCCCUCGAAAACCCCCUCUCAGUUGUCGAAGAGUUCUUCCAGUCCCCCAAGGAGGAGCUCGCUGCCGAAACCCAUGUUGACAUCUCUCCUGCAUUGGAUGAAUCCGUCGAGACUUCCAAGGACGACCAUCCUCCCGAGGCCCUUAUCUCCAUUGACGAGUCCGCCCCUGCGUCCACUCCUGCCGAGGAGAUUCCCGCGCAGGUAGGGGAUGAUGCAACCGCAGCGCCGGCACAACCUACCGAAGACCCUCUCGCUACCAAGGAGUCCAUUGUGACUGAGGAGUCUGCCACUGCCGCUGUUUUUGAGCAGCCCAAGAUCAUCGAGGAGCCCGCUGUUGACGCUUCCUGGAGCCUUGACACAGCGGAUGCUUCUGAGACGAUUGCGUUGUCUUUCGUAGAGGAGCUUCAGGCGGAGACCAAGCCCGAGGCCCAGCCUGAGGAGGAGUCAAGCCAACCAAUGUCCAAGACGGAUAGCAAAAAGGCCAAGGCCAAGAGACAGCAGUCUAUCUCCUUGAACGAGACUUCCGCGACUGACAAUGUGGUAGAAAAGGUAGCAGCGCCGGCACAAACAGAAAAGCCUGCCGCCACUGAAGGAACCGUCUUCGAAGAGAUCUCCGCCACUGAAGAGCCUGUUCUUGCCGUUGCGUCUGUCGUCACAGAGGAUCCCACUAUUGUCAAGGAGACUCUCCUCGCUGAGGAGCCUGCUGCCACUGAAGCGCCUGUCGUUACUGAGGAGCCUGCCGCCCUCGAAGGCGUUUCUGCGACAGGGGAGCUUGCUGGCGAUGUCGCUUCUCCCGACCUUGGGACAGCUGCGGCUCUUGAGCCCACUUCCAAGCCCACUGUUCAUGUUGUGGAGCCCGAGAUAGUCAAGCCUGAAGAGGAGGAGCCUAGCGGGGGGUUGUCAAAGAAAGAUAAGAAGAGGGCGAAGAAGGCUGCCAAGAAGAGGCAGUCUCUGCCUUUGGAUGCUACGGACGAGUUGAAGCCUGCUGAGGGGUCAGCGCCCGCGCCCACAGAAGAAUCUGCUCCUGCUACCACCGAGAAACCUUCUGCCCCCGUCGAGGAGCUUUCUGCCGUCACGGAGCCCGCCCCCACAGGACACGCGACACCGGCCCUGGCUGAAGGAGAGCCCACUGUUAAUCAAGACAUCCCUGGUAUGGAGAAGUCCGCUACCGAAGACAAGCCCCGCGAUUUCUAUACUGCUGCCUCGGGGCUGUCAACACUCGCCUUUGAGAUCCAGCCUUCCACCACUGAGCUCGAGGAGGCCCAGCCUAGCGACGACCGCAGCCAGCUCAUGCCCAAGGAGGACAAGAAGAAAGCCAAGAAGGCUGCCAAGAAGCAGUCUAUCUCUCUUGACUUCAAUCAGCCGAUUCCCAAUGAGGAAGCGACUUCUGCAUCUGCCCAAGAGUCCGCUGCAGCCGACACACCAUCACUGACCCAGAUUGAGUGGAUUCCCAUCCCUGAUGAGCCUGUCACUGCUGAGGGGGCUUCCGUUCCCGUUCAUGAGGAGGCUUCUGCUCCAUUCACCGUAGACACUCCUGCUGUCCCUUCUGCCGAAGAAUUCUCUCAUGACCUGGAGACUCCUUCCGACUCUACGCCCGUUGACAGGAAGAAGGCUAAGAAGGCCGCCAAAAAGCAACAGGAGCAGUCUCAGAAUACCUUUGAGGAACCGAAACCCGCAGAAGAAGCAGCAGCAACUGCUGUGGUAGAGUCUGUUACCACUGCUCCCGAGGAGUCCGUUCCCAAGGACGACACAUGCACGCUAGCUCAGACCGGAGACACACCCGUUUCAGAAGACACACUUGCACCAAUUCAGACCGAAGAACCUAUCGUCACAGAAGAAUAUGCCCAUGACCUCGAGCCUGUUCCAGAUUCGGCGCCUGCUACUCAACAGACCCCGCUCAAAACGAAGUCGGAGCCCCAGGUUGAAGAAGAGCCCAACCAGUCCUUGUCCAAGAAGGAUAAAAAGAAGGCCAAAAAGGCUGCCAAGAAACAGCAAGAUCUUGACACUUCCAAUGAACCUGGGCUUACUCAUACUGAUGAGGUAGCCGAGCCCACCGUCACCGAAGACGCUUCGUUAGCCCACUCAGAUAACCCGGCCAUCACCGAGGAGUCUCUGGUCCUGGAACCCCCUACCACAAACAAGCCUGCCACCAAUGAGUCUGUCCGUGACCUCGAGACAGCUCCGGUCAAGUCCGACGGCUGGGACCUCCCCGAUGAUUUCUUUCGCAGGCCAGCACCUGUUGAGACAUCUGAUGAUCUCGCCUGGGGAAAGCCCGCUGUUGAGAACGAGGAGAAGGACAAGGCGAUGGAAACCAAGGCAGCAGGCCCAGACGAGGCGGCGAUCCCCGCAACGAUGGAUUUCCCCACUGGAGAAUCUUCGGGUACCAGCAAGAAGUCCAAGAAGAAGGAUAAGAGUUUGAGCACUCUUGGUGAAGUUAUGGAGACUUCCACCUCGACGCCUGAACCUGAAUCUACAUCAGCAGCAGCCAAGCCUGCCAUGGAAACUGAGCCUGCCCCAGAGCCCGAGCCUGUUGCAGAGAUUAUACCUUCCCCGGCGCCCGUGCCUGUUGUGGAGCCGGAGAAGGAACUCGAGGUUACAAAGAAAAGCAAAAAGGACAAGAAGAAAAUCAAGAAGGGCCAGGUGUCUUUGGAUUUUGAUGCGGUCGAAGGGACCGGAAGCAUUUCCAUUGAUGUCAUCCGGGACCCACCACAGGACCAGCAACCAGCAGAAGAAGUACCGGCUGCCUCUCACGGUGCCGGUGUUGUGGAUGUAACGACCCUGGCCAUGGAGACGUCUGAUGUCUUUACCCAGGACAAGGAGCUUGACACCUGGGAGAGGGCAGUGCAGCCGGCCGAUUCCACGGAAGCUGCACCUGCCGUGGAGAAUGCCAAGGAUGCCACAGAGCUCCAGACCCUUGAAGCCUUACACACUGCGUCGAAAGGGGCUGCUUCUGCAGCUGAAGACGGCGGUAAUUUAUCCACGGAAAAGCUCUCAAGGGAGGAUGAAAGGAAGAAGGCUGCUGAACUGGCGCCACCGGCUGCCGCUAUGGAAACCCUGACCCAGGAAGAGCAAGUUCCUGAGGAGCCCGACAAGCCCCAAAUGCCAGAACCAGAAUUCACGGAGGCCGUAAAUGCACUUAGCUAUGACAAGAAAGCUAACGAACACAACGCCGAAAAUACCUCUGGCUUUGUAACGCCCGUGGAAUCUCUAUCCGGCCAAGAUCCUGGUGCGAAUCCUGACGAGGAGCGGGAACAGGCACCUAAGGAAACAAAUGAACCGGAGCUGGACACUGAACCCCAAGACACGGCCGACAUUGACCAACGUAUUGAGCCUACCUCUACGGAACCCGCCUUUACGGAACCCAUCUCCCCGGAGACCAACCUUCCUAUGGACAUAGUAAUUAAGGAUACCACGACCACCACUGACGAACGUACGCUGGAAGGCUAUGUCCAGCCCAUUCAGUCUGGGGCGUCUAAGGAAGUCGCCGAGGAUGGAACAUCAAACCUUUCGAAGAAGGACAAACAGAAGAAAAACGAGAAGCAGCAAAGGAAGUCUGUCACCUUUGACAUUGACGAACCUUCAGCAGUCGAGAAGCAGGUUCAGCCAACUGAAGAAAAAGGAGAGACUGCAGCAGAGACUGACACCAAGGGUGGUAAUGCACCCGAACCGACAACUAUUGAAGUUUCCGAUCUCGUAGUCUCUCCAUCCGAGACCGAUAUUCUUCCGCUUGUCCCAGAAACUCAGGUGUUGCGAGACAUUGAUACAGAGAAUGAGCCUCCUCAGCAACCUGAGCCUGCUGCACGAGUCCUGGUGGAGGCUCAGCCGGUUGAAGCGACGUUCUCACUAGCUGCCGAGGGUGGCAAGGGUGAUUUCGAGAGUACAUCCAUAUCAAAGAAGGGAAACAAGAAGGAAAAGACUAAAGCCAUGGCUGGAGCACUCGCUCAGGAAGCUGCUGCCACCACCGCUGACGCCGUUUCUGAUGAGCCGAAGCAAGAAACCGAGUCUCCACUAACUGCUGUGAUUUCUUCUGAAACCACUGCUACUUCUGAGUUGAAGCCAGGCUCUUUCCUGCCUACCGAGUCCAAGGACAAAUUAACCCCUGCAUCUUCUUCCUUGAUAGGGGCGGCUCUAAAAGCGCGCCAUGAAGAAAUCAAGAAAGAGGAGGAUGACGAGUCUUGGGCCGUCGGCCUGUCCAACAAGGAGAGGAAGAAGAGAAGGAAGGGGAUAGCCAAGGCCAAGGCUGCCGCCGAGGCCGCCGCCGAAAAUCUACAGAAGACACGGGAGCCUGAACAACCUACUCCUGCAACAGAACUAUCCCAACAUGUUGAUACAGCCAUCGACACGUCAACUCUGGAUGCACCCACUGCUGCGUCAGAGGAGGUUCCCGCUGCAGAGGCGACCCCCGAACAGAAGGAUAUUGGUACGGCAAAGCAGGCCGCUGUGGCGGAUGAGAUUCCCUUAGUUGGGGAGACUGCUGUUGUGAAAGAGGCCCCUGUAGCAGAGGACGUUACGGCAAUGGCCCUGGCCUGGGAGGCUGGCACACAGAAGCCCCAGGACCGUGCUUCCUCUUCGAAACCUUCCAAAGAGCCGGACACUGUCCCCUCAGAUCACAUUCCGGAGCCCGAGGAUGCAAGCCUUCCCAAGCCGGUCGUCGAGCCGGUUCCUGAGCCAGUCUCCGAGUCUGCUGUUGAGCCCGUCGCCGAGCCCAUUCUUCGACCAAUUGUCGCUGCUGCUGAGCCCGCGACUAAGCCAGUCGCUCAGCCCAUGAGCCAAGACGACAAUAAGAGUACUGGUCUCUCGAAGAAGGACAUGAAGAAGAAGAAUAAGAAGCAGCCCAAGGAUUUCGGUCUGCACUGGGAUGAGACUACCGAGCAAGCAGUGCUAUCCACGAAGCCAUCGAUUGAAGUCAAGGAUGAAGCGACCCUGCCGGUUUCUACCAAUUUAUCCGAACCCGAAGCCGAGCCACAGAUUCCGGUUGAGAUGGCAAAGGCUCUGGAGGACACAGCAGAAGUUUCCACACCUAAGCCGACAACUGACCUUCUUGCCACUGGGGAAGUGGUUGAUACGAUACCGGUUUCGCAUGAUGCUGUCCUGCAAUCUACUUCUGAGCCUGACGCUUCCGAGCCCUCCACCGUGCCCGCUAGUAAAAAUGACAUUCAGGGCACCGGUCUCACCAAGAAGGAGAGGAAAAAGCAGAAGAAGGCGAUGGCCAUGGACCUCGAUAUAGACGCCCAAAAGCAGCCUACGGUGGUUGUCGAAGAGCCCACAGUGGCUGGCGAUCAAUCAACCGACCGCAGGAAAGAGAUGUCUUCUAUACCUCUGGUAGAAGCCAAGCCUGAAGCCGAGCUUCUUGUUACCAAGGAGCAAGCUGAGGGAGUUCCAGAAUUGGCUGAUUCGGCACAGCCCUCAAAUGCCGAGCCUUCAACUUCAGAGUCUGCUGCCGAGAUUGACGACAAGAAAGAAUUUUCUCUGAGUCUCUUGAAGAAGGAGAAAAAGAAGACGGAGGGCAAGACCAAGGCCAUGGGGCUCGAUGAGAACACUAUUGAAGAGCCUGCGGUGGUUAGUGAACCACCCGCCGAGAAGCACGACAAAACCGUCACCGUCGAGGCUGAAACUCCGGUUGGUAAGGAGCCAUCGGCUGAGUCACCGACUGAGUCGAAGGACACAACAUCUCCUGUGGAAGCUCAGCCUGUAACCGAGGCCCCUACCACAGAAAAGCCAGUUCAGCCAUACCGGCACUUGGGUGAUGCGGCCGAGACCAUCCCUGGACCUCCAGCAGAAAUCGUCGUAGACGAGAAUGGCUUGUUGGCGGGGCUCUCCAAGAAGGAUAGGAAGAAGAAGAAAGCCAAAGCUGCUCCCCUGGAUUUCGGCUGGGACACCGCUGAAGAGCCUGCAUUCAUUAGCCCUAUCGUCGAGGGGCCAUAUGUAAUGCCUAAGACUCAGAGCGAUGCAGCUGAGCACAUUUCUUCUGAAGCUGCACCCAUUGCCGUCGACAACGAUCUGUCUGCAGGCCUGCCGAAGAAGGAAACCCAAAAGAAAGUAAAGAUCAUGGAGCUCGACUGGGACACUUCCAAGGCACCGACCAUUUCCAGCGAGCCCCUGACGGUCUCCAAGGAUGAGCCUUUUUCUUUGGCAAACCAGACCGAGCCUGCCGUUCCUGUUAAUGAGGAGCCGCUUGAUGAACCUAGUGACUUGGAUCACACUGCCGAUCCUUUUUCUGAAACUGCCAUUGAUCCUGCCGAUAAUUUGGAAGACUCGACUACCAGUCUGUCCAAGAAGGAGAAGAAGAAGAAAGAGAAGGCCAAGGCAUUGGCUAUUGAUCCGGAACCAACUCCAGAGCCUGCAAUAGUGGACUCACCUCUCCCUGAACACAUGGACAUACCUGCAGCGGCCGAUCGACCAGAGGUGUUCAAUGAGCGCGGUGUCGACACCCAGCCUCAAAUCGCCGAAGAUGGAGGCUUCUUCACUCCUGGCUUUCCGAAAAAGGAGAAAAAGAAAACGAAGAUGGGAGUGGUACCAAGUCCUGGCAAUCCUGUUACAUUCGACUAUCUGGGCGAGGGAGGCCAAGUUCCUGAAACCGUCACGGCAGAGGAUAGGCCUGUUGGGGACAUCAGGCCUGCAGAGGAUAUUGAGUCCGUUGGGAAGAUAGGCGAGCCAUUCACUGAGAGUUUGGCAACGGCCGCGCUGAUGAAUAUUCCCCAGGAGGCUCACACCGUUUCUCGCGGAUUCUAUCUCACAGCAGGAACGUCUGAAGCCUCCCCCAGGGAUAAGUUGCCGGAGAAGGAGAAGGAAGAGAAAAACGAGGACAAGGUAGUGGAUACUCAAGUAGAUCAGGAUGCUACGAACAAGACCGCUACAAGAACUACUACCGCUGCCGGCGCUACGGUAUCGCUAGCGGUAAGCUCUAUGGUUGGCAAGAAGGAGAAGAAGGGAAAGAAGACAUCGAGAGUUGUGGGAAAGAGGUCUGAGGACGACGACCUCUUUCACGAUGUUGCUCUCUGGGAGACAGUUGACAAGACAAACCUAGAUGACAAAAUCGGCAGCGCCGACAGAAAGCAGACCAAGGUGGCACUGGCCGAGCAGGAAAAUACUGUUCUCUGGGGUAGAGAUGAUGCCAGAGAAGCAGACAAGAAGGAUGAGACCAUGGAGAAGUCUAGGAACGAGAUCAUGCCUUUGGGGGAAAGCGACGUUUUCGGGAAGUCUGGUGGGAAAGGAGACAAGAUUGAGGAGGACAAGAGGAAGACGCCAUCUACAGAGGACGAUAGUAGCGCAUCACCACAGGAGGAUAAAGUGGAUAAGUCCUGGAAGACGCAUCAGGAUGAAACCAGGACCAAGGAGAGACUGCCUUUGACGUCGUUGAAGAGCGAGAGCUUGUCCGAAUCGGACGGAAAAGCUGAAGUCAAUGACCACCCCACUGGUGGUCUUGGCCUCUUGCCAGAGGACAGCCAUGCAUUGGCCCUCGGUGUCAGCUUGGUAUCAGACUUUGGAGGCUCCAGGAUUUCUCCUCAGUCACUGCCAGCAGUUCCCGAGAUGCCCGAGGAGGAGCAAUCCCAGAAGACGCCACCCAACCUUAUGACACCGACAAAUCACCACAAGAGGGCGUCGCUUGGGACACCUGUGUUACGAGAACCGACGACUGCCGAUGCAACUCCGGAUCCAGAAAAGAAGAGACAGAGCAAGCCAGCCGCCGUUGUUGAGGAGGAGGUGGCCAAGUCGCCGUCACUCAGAGCCAAGAAACCAAGGGACUACGGAAGCUUGGGGCUGGGAACGGCACCUGCGAUACUUGGCGGCUCUAAAUCAGCCGCAGCAGCGUCUACAACAACCCAACUGUUAAACAAAGGCGAAGAGCGAAUGCGCCAAUCAUCUGAGCCGCCUUCCCAGCCACUUUCCCAGCUACUGGGUGAACCUCGGCUAAUGAGGUCCGUGUCCAACACUAGCCUCACGAGGCGCCGCCGCAUUCCUGAGCCACUCAAGCUUCGGCCUGACCGCCCAGGCAUCAACGAACAUGCCCAAGAUCUAAGGUCGUCGACCCCCACACCACCUCUCCGCCGUGUUGACAAGCGCGUCAGCGGCGAUUUGCGAGCGCUCAGUCAGGAAACCACCAACUCUACGCCUGUCGCUAACGAAGGUCGUGUCCGCUCCAAGGACAUGGCCGACGAUGGAUUUGGCGAGGGCCGCAUUGGCACGCCCCGUUCCCCGACUCGGCCCCACAGCAUGCGUCGCCGCCAAAGUAUGCAGGUGCUCGAGCUUGAGUCCAGGGUUGAGCAGCUCCUUGCCGAAAAUCGCAUGCUGUCUGAGGGACACUCCCGCGCCGAGUCUAGCGCCGUCGCGAACAAUCGUACAUCUAUUGCCCUAUCGGAGCGCGAUGCUGAGAUCGAAUCCCUGAAACACUCCCUUCAUUUCUUACAAAACGAGGUGUCGCGCAUAACCGAGGUCAACGAGGGCCUCACCAGGGCCAAUGCUGAGCUUGUCAAGCACGAUGGCCGCUACGACGGCCUCAGUGUUGCCCCAGGCGCAGCUGCUUUCAACAGCCUAGAUGGACCAGACAGCGCACUGGAGCAGACGAUUCAAGCAAAGGAUGCCGAGAUUGCAGACCUCCGCGCACAACUCGAGGACGCCAAGGAACAGGUUCGGGAGAUGCAACGCCAGAUUCUUGCCUCCAAGGCUGCCGAUGCCGAGUUCCUUGCAAUCAAGGACGAGGAUUACUUUGAUGGUCGGUGUCAGCAACUCUGCUCCCACGUCCAGCAAUGGGUAUUGCGCUUUUCCAAGUUCUCCGAUAUGCGGUCAUCCCGUUUGACCAACGAGAUCGACGACGAGAAGUUGGUCGAUCGACUUGACAACUCCGUCCUGGAUGGCACCGAUGUCGACAAAUAUCUCGGCGAUCGUGUGAGGCGCCGCGACAUUUUCAUGUCUAUGACCAUGAAUAUGAUCUGGGAGUUUGUCUUCACGCGCUACCUUUUCGGUAUGGAUCGAGAGCAGCGUCAGAAGCUCAAGUCUCUUGAGAAGAUGCUCACAGAGGUUGGCCCGCCCCAAGCAGUCCGCCAGUGGCGUGCCGUCACCUUGACGCUCUUGGCGAGGCGGGAGACCUUUAUAACCCAGAGAGAUCAGGACACGGAGGCCGUAGUCCAGGCAAUCUUCCAGGCUCUGUGCAAGAUCCUGCCCCCUCCGAGCAACCUGGAAAACCAGAUUUUGUCGCAGCUGCGUCGAGUUCUACGGGAAGCCGUGUCGUUAUCCAUUGAGAUGCGCACGCAAAAGGCCGAGUAUAUGAUGCUUCCGCCCCUGCAACCCGAGUAUGACGCAGAGGGUGAGCUUGCUCAGACGGUUCAGUUCAAUGCAUCCAUGAUGAAUGAGCGGUCCAGCAAGGGCCAGCCGGUGUCGCCUGAGGACUUAGAGGCGGAUGGCGCGAUAGUGCGAAUUGUGCUCUUCCCUCUGGUCGUCAAGAAGGGUGAUGACAAUGGCCUAGGUAAUGAGGAGAUAGUCGUGUGCCCGGCACAAGUCGUCAUUGCCAAUAGCGACAGGCGCGGCCUCAGUGCGUUGAGUGAUGCUGGGGGAGCAUCGCUUGGUGGACGCAGCCGACUGAGCCUCGCUACUGAGAGCACGAAUGGCUGA